AGCGGGCCGAGGCGGGCGGCAUGGACAAGCUCAAGCGGGUGCUGAGCGGCCGCGAUGCGGAGGAGCCAAGCGGCCUGGCCGAGGUUAUUGAUGCAACUUCAUUAGGUUGGGGCACCAGAGUGAAAGGCUUCAUUGCUUGUUUUGCAAUAGGAUGCCUGUGCUCUCUCUUGGGUAGUUGUCUGCUAUGGGUACCAAAGAAAGGGCUGAUGCUCUUUGCAGUGUUUUAUACACUGGGGAAUAUUGCAUCUAUUGGGAGCACUCUUUUUCUUAUGGGACCAAUGAAACAAUUGAAAAGGAUGUUUGAGCCUACACGUUUGAUUGCUACUAUUGUUAUGCUAUUGUGUCUCAUACUAACACUGUGUUCUGCUUUCUGGUGGCGUAAGGAAGGACUCGCGCUCCUUUUCUGCAUCUUACAGUUUUUUGCCUUGGCAUGGUACAGCAUUUCCUUCAUACCAUUUGCAAGGGAUGCUGUGAAGAAAUGUGUUUCGGUCUGUCUGUCCUAACAGGAAUACUGGAUGUUUCACGAAGUUCUAGGAAGUAUAGCAGAACUAUGUUAAGAUCACUGUGUAUGUCUUUUCCUACUUCUGUCUUAAACAUGUGCCUUUCAGCUUGUUGUUAGAAGCUCCUUGUGUUAAAUCCGGUGUAUGCAAUUGCUUGGUUUUGUAAGCAAUGGUGUCUGUAGGACAGGGUGCUCGUGAUCAAAUGAAGUUCAGUCUGGCAGAAGAACUGGGCAGAGA